AGUUCCCAACUAAAUAUGGAUAUAUUCCAUCUGAAUCUAUGAUGGGAACUGCGACCCUUAGUACACCCGAAACCAGUACUGUGACUUCCAAUUAUGAGGGCAUCUCUGUAACAAAAGGAUCUGGAACAUUAAAACUUAAGGAUCCUGGACUUAACAGUGAAACCUUGAAAAUAUCGGAUCCAAAUAUUCCCUCAUCCAGCUCUUUUCCAGAUAUUCACAGUGAAGAAUUAGACUCUCCUUUCCUUGUGGAAAAAUUUGAGCAUAAAGAAUAUUCAGAUCCUUCUCUACUUGAAUCCCCAUUUCUUGUUCAAACCUCGGAGAUACAGUUGAAAAAAGAAGAAGAGACUCAAAAUAAUAAUUUUGAUUCACUUCCCUCAUCAUUUAGCACCAGUGCCUCUGUUGAUGAAAUGCUUGCACAACUAUUGGACUCUAACAACAUAAAAGAUGAUGAUGAAAAUGCCCCUGUUAACCCAGUUGAUUUCCAGCAGAUUCACAAUUCUUCACCGCAUUCAACUUAUCCACCUCAAAAAUUUACACCCUCCAAAAGACCAACUUUACUGCCUCCAAUAUAUCAAUCCACUAGUUAUCAACCAGAAACCAUACCAACCUACUUAAACAUAACUCAACCAACUUCAAAUACUACUCUGAACACUAAUUACAGACCUACUUUGUCUUCAGAGCAGCCUACUUCUUCCCCAAUAUUCUACCAACCAAUCACACCAUUUCCUUUAUACCAUGAACCUAUAGUUACCCUUCCUGCCCUUGAAUACCCCUUAAUAGAUGACAUAAAACAGAACAACUUGAAUCAAGAGACUGGUCGUCCACCUGCAUACAAUCCUCCAAUAACAACCUACAGGCCUGUUCCAUCCUUGGUAUCUCAGGCACUUUCAACAGAAAGUGGUGUAGAUGCUGAGGUUACUAAAUCUUCCAUAUCUGACCUACUUCAAGCUCUCAUUCUUGAGGAAUUUGAACAGUUACAGAAAACCGAGACAGAAGAGUCACAGAAGAAAUUGAUCAAUCUUUUAUCAUUGCUCUCUACAAUUACGCAAAGUGAAAAUGAAAUUGAUGAUGGGUAUCAAGAACCAACAAGAAAACCAACAACUAAGUACACCCCAAGACCCUUAUUGGCUGCUCCCAACAUAAUAUCAAGGCCACAAAAUGGUUUUGGGAUAAGACCAGAUAUUUUAGGAGGUCUGGGUCAACAAAACUUAUUUAGUAGGCCUGGCCCGCCUUAUAUCUCACAAAAAGAGCCGUCUAAUACUGGUCCAUCUUUACUAGAUUAUAUGAUUGCAGAUCUUUUCUCUGUGCCAAAGCCCCCAACAAGGAGACCCGAGCUCCCACAGAAUGGAGUAAAUACUGCUGAUGUUGUUUUUGGUGGAGUUCCACCAAAAAGACGUCCCGUCAACAGGCCCUCUGUUGGACCACGUCCAAGGCCAAGUGGUCAGAAAAGACCUCUGAGACGUCCUAAUGGAAAUCCAUUAUUUAAUGCCCCGAAUCCACCAAUACAGCAAGCAUUUACUCUCCCAAGUGAUUCACUAAGGCCUCAGAGACAGUUUAGCUUCUACGAUACAAGUGGAAGAACUGCAACCACUGGAAAUGGGUUUUUUGAUGAUAACGAAGUUGUAGCACACCAAUUAAGUGUGUUAAGCCAACCUGAAUUCCAAGAUGAACUUAGAAAUAUAGAAAUACCAGAACAGCUUAAGAUAAUUCUACUACAAAUGAAGACUGAGAAUCCCAUAUCAAAAAAGAAAUUUAGUUUUGAUGAUUCAAGAAAAUCUGGGGAAAUCCCUAAAAUCCAGUCAGGGAAUUCAAAAUAUCAAACUUCCUUCAGCUCAUCAUCAUCAAUAUCAAGACCAAAGCAAGCCGCUGCAGAGGAACAAUUUGGAGAUGCUCCAGUGUUUGAAGUUGACAGAAGUCAAGAACUAUACUACCCUCAAUUCUGGCAACAGAGUGGAGAACUUGAGACAAAUUUUCAGACAGAUAAAAGUUUUUCUCCUCCUUCUCCACUUCCUCUUUCUCCUUNUUUUAUUUCUAGAACUAUACUACCCUCAAUUCUGGCAACAGAGUGGAGAACUUGA